UGCUCCACGUAGCUCCAUGGCCAAGUUUGUGCUGUUGGUCGUGGCGGCGGCGGCACUGUUCGCCGGUGCCACGGUGCAGGCCGCCAUCGACAUGGAGCUGGAAAAUAAGGCCGUCGACCGCACGAUCGAUCUUACGUCUCAGUUGGUGAAAAUCUCGUACAAAAUAACGCUAGAGCACAAAUCGAAGCUGCCGAUAAGCACUUACCUGUUCCUCGUUCCGGAGGCGGAGCGAGACCGGCUGGCGUUUAUUUCGGCCAAAGACUCGGCCAAGAAGGAGCUGAAGCUCACCGAAACGAGCACGCCGAAGGGGGUUACGUUCAGCAUGACACUACCGGCCGGUUCCGCGGCACCCGUCGUGUACAUCGACACCGUGUUCACCAAGUCCCUGAAGCCGUUCCCGUCGGCCAUCGGCCAGAGCGAGCGCCAGCUGGUGCAGUACUUUGGCAACGUUUACUUCUACUCGCCGUACAAAACGCUCACUCAGAAGACGACCGUCCAUCUGAGCUCGCGAAACGUCGAGAGUUACACACAGUUCAAGCCGAGCUCGCAGGCGGACAGUACGAUUACCUACGGUCCAUACGACAACGUUGUCGCGUUCUCCCAAGAACCGAUGACGGUUCACUUUGAAAACUUCACCCCGUUUCUGACCGUCACACGGCUCGAGCGGACGAUCGAGGUUUCGCACUGGGGCAACAUCGCCGUGGAGGAAACGAUCGACAUCCUGCACUCGGGCGCUACGCUGAAGGGUGCGUUCUCGCGCUACGACUACCAGAAGGACACGCGGUCCAAUCAGCCCAGCGUCAAGUCGUACAAAACGCUGCUGCCCGCCUCGGCCUCCGGGGUCUACUAUCGGGACACGAACGGUAACAUCUCCACGUCGGCCCUGCGCACGCUGAAGGAUGCCGUCGAGUUGGACCUACGGCCACGGUUCCCACUGUUCGGGGGUUGGCAGACGCACUACACGCUCGGCUACAACGUGCCCAGCUUCGAGUAUCUGUUCCAGAAUGGCGACAACUUUCUGCUGAAGAUGCGCGUCAUCGAUCACAUUUUCGACGACAUGACGAUCGAUGAGGUGGUGACGAAGAUCAUUCUGCCCGAGGGCUCCACCAACAUCAAGCUGAUCGCCCCGUUCUCGGUGACCCGGCAUCCGGACGCGCUGCACUACACCUACCUGGACACGUUCGGCCGACCGGUCAUCACGUUUAGCAAGCGCAAUCUGGUCGAAAACCACAUCAACGACUUCAAUCUCAAGUACAACUUUUCGCGCGUCAUGAUGCUCCAGGAACCGUUGCUGGUGGUGGGCUUCCUGUACGUUCUGUUUGUGUUCGUCAUCGUCUGGAUGCGGCUGGACUUUUCGAUCAUCAAGGAAAGGGAUCCGCACCAGCACAAGGACUAAGCGGGUGUGCGUUGGGGGAGCGGUUCCCUGGGGACGGAGGCGAGUCACCAAUUAUUUCUGUCCGCUUUCAUCGAUCACCAAACGCCGGUCCGCGCGCGGUCCUUAUCUCUAAUUGUGCAGAUUUAGUUUCAUUCUUCCGAUGAGGUUGCAUCGAUUAGUCCACGCGAGCAACGUUUCAUGCUGUUCGCCGAAUAUUCCAUUGACCACAGAUCGGCUUUACUAGUGGCGUUACUGUGCACCGUAUCUGAACAAAC